AAAAGAAAAUGUCAGAACGUCUGGAGGUUUCUAUAGAAGGAGAGGAUGAUUUCCCGUUUGAUGAGGAUAAUAUUCAAGAACUCGACCAUUUCGACAUUGGAGAGGACGAGGAUCCGGAGGAAGUUGCUCAGGAAGAUGCCGGCGUCUGGCAGGAAAGGGUCCCAUUAACCCGUCAAAAGCGGAAACAAGUCCUCAGAAAGCCUGGAAGGAAGCGGACAGGAGAAAUAAUCCAUAUUCCGAAGCGUCAGCCUCCACGGGCGGUCCGAGUGAAGUCAUAUCAACAAUAUGACGCGUUUGACGAGCUCGUGGAGCAAGAUUUGGAUGAUUCUGAUCCAGAAGUUAUGGAUGACGAUGGAGAGCCUUCAACCUCGAAAACCUGGAGAAUAUUCGUCAGAAAAGAUGGUUCGGGAAUGCAUUUCGAUUGGCCAAUUUUCAUGGAUUCGGCUGUUUCUCUCAAAGACGUGGUAAAUUUUAUUUCAACAGACGCCUCCGAGAUCCCAAAAUCAUUAAUUUGUACGUCAAUUCCACAGGAAUUCACAAAUACUGGAACAUUUAUAAUUCAUCUGGAAGAAGGAUUAUUAAAAGAAGAAAUAUGUAAUGAUGGACUCGGAACAUGGAAUUCUGCACAAAUGUUUGUUAGAAAAUAUGUACUUGGAGUUGGAAGAGCCCGCCCGUUGAUGACACAGAAAAAUGACCAUAAUUUGAAGAUAGUCUGCGAGCAAUUCAUCCAUCCGGGAACCGAUAGCCGUGGCGAUUUUAUUCGAAGGAUUUAUACAGGAUUCGACAAAGAUGAGCACAUGAUUCCAUAUGUAGUCAUUUGUUAUGAAUGGAUGGGACAACCACAUCCAUUGACAGUUUAUGAGGAUCAAACUGAGAAACAAGCAUUUGAGCAGAUGACUUGGAAGAAAUGCUCAAAUCCGGAGGAUCAAGUACCGAUUUUGGCUCGACACGGAUGUGAUUAUAAUUCGGCUGUAGCGAUCCUCUUAUCAUCGGAAAAAUGCACAAACUAUGGAAAAUCAGUGCCGCAAUUCGUUCAAGAAUGUAUUUCGUUCGUCAUUGACAUUAACGAGUGUGGUGGUGAUCGGGCACUUUUCCUAGACGGAAAUGAAUGGCAACGACCAUCGGGAAGUCAUCGAUUCUUCAGAAUUUUGUAUCCAAAUCAGGAUCAUGGAGAUUUCGAUACGUGGAAUAUUGAAAGAGCAUCGUCGAAUUUUAAUGUGACGAAUAGCGAUAUUCAGAUAAUCUGCCGCCGUUACAAUGGCCAAAAGUACAGCCAGUCGUUUGGAUUUGUGCGGAAAAUUUAUUUGCUCAAAAUUUUGCCACUAUGCCCGCCAGAAGUCGCUGAGCAACUUCAUAAUCGAGAUUUGGCAGUAAUAUCGUAUUCCUACAGAAAUGCUCCGCAUCCGACGUUUGUGAGUGGAGGAAAUCUGGAAAAUUUGCGAAAUUUCGAAGGAUAAGUAGAAAAAACACUGAAAAAUUGACCCAAAUUCUGCAAUUUUCAAGAUUUUCCAUGAAAAAAUGUCUUCAAAUUGAGAAAAUUUGUGUUUUUCCAUAAAAAAAACCGCGAAAUUUCAAUUUUACAUCAAAAAUCGAAAAAAUUAUCCAAAUUCUGCUCAGAAAAGCCAAUUUUCGAAGCUUUUCCAUCAAAAAACUGUAAAAAUUUGCAGAUUGAGCAACCGGAUAGGCAGAAGCUUCCAGAUGGUCAACGUGUUGGUGAAGAAGUUGAAUUAGUUUCCGGAGAUGUGAUGUUCGACGAUGAUAUUAGUCCAGAAAUGCGAGAAAUGGUUGAAAAUAUGGAAAGAAAAAAGAAAAUUAAUUCGGAAAGAUUAAUGGAAUUACUACAAAGAAUACAUCGAAUUGAUCAAAUUUGUAAAAAAGAAGCUUGGCUGGAAUCGUCGGCAGAAGUUCAACAACUCACACAAAUUGCUCAACUUUUGCAUUAUUGUCAAUAAAUGUUAAAAAAU